GUAUCAAUGGGUGUACUAUCAAACACCAAGAAAAAAAUAAUUUAAGAUCUCUAAAACUAUUUCAACCAUUUCCAUUAAUGGACUUUCUCUAUAUAUACUUUCACAAAGAUAAUGUGUUAGCUGCUCAGUACUCUCAGUAUCUCUAAAUGGAUACACAAAAGAGUUAUCAUUUUGUUUCCUCAGUAGUAUUAGUUCUAUUCUUUUUCUGCGACUCCGCUUUUACGUUAGAUUCAUCUUUUUCAUUCAUUAAUCAAGUAGUACCACAUCAUCGAUCCCGUCUUCAUUCUAUAUCAAAGUUGUUUGUUUUCGGAGACUCUUACGUUGAUACAGGAAAUAACAAUUUUACUGUUCAAGCAUGGAAGUUUCCUUAUGGUGAGACUUUCCCCGGUUUUCCAACAGGUCGUUAUUCCGAUGGUCUUGUCUUCACUGAUUUUCUCGCAUCAUUUAUGGGACUGAGGUCUCCAAUGCCGUACGAACAAUGGAACCAUUUAAGCAAAAGAAGGGUAAGAAGUGGGAUGAACUUCGCCCAAGGGGGUACCGGUGUAUUCAACACAUAUCAUAAGGUACCAAACAUUACGACUCAAAUCAGUAUUUUUAAACAGUAUAUCAUAGACGGAGUGUACAACAAGCACGACCUUGACAAGUCCAUGGCCCUUGUUGCGCUCUCGGGAAACGACUACCAACAGUAUAUAAUUGACGGAGGCACUGAUGAGGGAUUUCGAGCAUUUGUGAUGAAAGUUUUAGAUCAACUGGAGUUGAAUUUAAGAGAAAUUGGAAAGAUAGGAGUGAAGAAAGUAGUUAUGUUGAAUUUGGAACCGCUUGGAUGUCUUCCUAAUAAGGCGGUAUUUCUUUCUUAUGAAAAGUGCGAUCAACAUGCGAACAAUGAGACAGUUUUUCAUAACAUGUUGCUGCAACAAAUCGUUCAGAGGCUCAACAGCGAAACAAUUGACUCGCCAUUUCAAAUCCUCGAUCUCUACAGUGCAUUUCUGUCUGUGAUCAAUAAACAAGGAGGAGAAGGCUACUCAGGUAUUACUAAAAAAGCAGGUUUCAAGUUUGGAAACCCAUUGUUGAAGCCGUGUUGUAUAGCUACGAGCGCCGAAUAUUUGUGUGGGAGUGUUGAUGCCAAUGGGGUGAAGCAAUACACAUUAUGCGAGAACCCAACUGAUAACAUAUUCUGGGAUUCUGUACACCCUUCACAGUCCGGUUGGAAUGCGAUCUUCUCAGCUUUGGUAUCUUCUCUUGCCGGGCUAUACUACCGGUUAAAUAUCCAUCCUCAACGUCCCUCCAUCUCCGGCUCUGGAGCUAUAUCCUAAGUUUCUAUCGGCUCUUUGAAUGACCGGCCAUGCUAGGCCUAAAAUAAGUGUUUCUUCAGAACCAUGGACAACUCUACUUUUUCUUUUUAGCCAAAUAAGACCUCAGUUGGUGUGGUUUUUGUAUUUGAUUAUGCUGCAAAAGUUUGCAAAUUUGGAAUUUCUGUUGAUGCAAAUAAAUCGGUAACCCAAGCCCAAGAACAUUUUGGGAGCAGUUUUUUGAGAACA